AUGUUUAAUUCAACACGUAUAAGAAGCUUUAUAAUAAGCACAAAUCAAAAAAAAAAAAUUUUUCAACAAUAUCAAUCUUUUGCUUCAACCACCACAAAUAGUAACAACUACAACAGCUCAUCAAAUUUAAAAAAAAACACAUUUAAUUAUAUUAUAGGGUCUUUAGUGUUGAUUGGACUUGGUGGCUCGACGUAUUCUUAUUAUAGAAAAAAAACAGGGGGAGGAAAUUUAUUGAAUGGUGGUGGUAGCGGCGGCACAAACGAGAUUGAAAAUUCAGAUACGCCACGACAUAAUCAUAAGAUAAUAAGAACAUUGGAAGAAGCUACAUUAAAACUUCGAGAAAAUCAAAAAUCAUUUUUAUUUCAACGAAACAAUGGUGUACUAAGAUAUGAUACUAAUCAACUGGCAUCAAAUGAACCAAUUGAAGAUACAAAAAGAGACCAAUUAUUUUUUGGAGUUUAUGAUGGACACGCUGGUUAUUCCACAUCACAUUUAUUGGCCAAAGCAUUGAUACCAAAAGUCAAAGAAGAAUUGGACAAAGCGUAUUUAGGAAUUGAACAAUAUUCGAAAUUUAUUGGACAAAAGGCCAAAUUGACAGAAUUAGCGAUCCAAAAUGCUUUUGUAAAUCUGGACAAAGACAUUGUAUACUAUUCGGUUGAACGGUCUUUGAACAACGAGAAAUCAACGUCUAUUGACGAAGGAAUUUUAACUGCUUUAUCGGGAUCGUGUUCAUUACUAGCCUAUAUUGACACAUUGGAAAAAGAUUUGUACGUUGCAUGUACGGGAGAUUCUAGAGCUGUCAUUGGCCAUAAAGAUUUAGAAACUGGCAAGUGGGUGGUAUUACCAUUAAGCGAGGAUCAAACUGGUAGAAACAAGAAAGAAAUUGAAAGAAUUAAUAAAGAGCAUCCAGGUGAGGAAGUAAUAAGAGCUGGAAGAGUGUUUGGAGGUUUAGAACCAACUAGAGCUUUUGGUGAUGCAAAAUAUAAAUGGGAUAAAAAUACAAACGGGUUGAUAUAUUCAAAAUAUUUUAAAGAAAAACAACAUGUACCAGGUGGAGAAAAAUUCAAAACACCACCUUAUGUCACAGCUAAACCAGAGAUAACACAUCACAAAAUUCAAUCAAAUGACAAAUUUUUGGUAAUAGCAACUGAUGGAUUAUGGGAUAGGUUGAGUAAUAAUGAAGUGGUGGAAUUAAAAAAUUUUGUUUUGGAAGAUGAAAAUGCAUCCACUCAUUUAAUAAGAAAUUCACUUGGGGGAGCUGAUAAUAAAAUUUUAUGUUCACUUUUAUCAAUACCACCGCCAAUGUCCAGAAGACAUAGAGAUGAUAUUACCGUGACUGUAAUAUUUUUUGAAAAUUAA